CCGCAUCGUUUCAUCUGAUACCUGGCCUUACAUUUUCAGCUUAAAUCUAUAAACACGGAUUAUAUUCACCUGAUGGACGAAAAUUUACUUUUAAAAAAACAUCGUUUUACGUUUCACGGCAGCUGAGAAAAGUUACUUUUAAAAGACACACCAAAUUUGGAUCAGUGAUAGAAAAUUGGUUUCAGUUUAACAUUUAGUGGGAUAAUCCUUUACAAAUACAAGUUUGGAUAAUUUCUAGUGGUCAGAUUAGUAAAUUGACAUUGUAGAAAAUAUACCUGGGACAAAAUAUAGUCACAAUUAAAUAUUCAACUAAACAGCCUUGCUUUCAAUCGGAUUAAAUAAUUGAGGAUUAAUGUUUAUUUCUAUUCACGGAAAAUGCCGAAAUUGUUGAUGAUUCGACGAAAUAGACGAAAAAGACGAUUGAAAAGUUUCAACAGAGUUGUAUCGGAUACGAAUAAUGAUACGGAAGCAAAAGCAAGUUGUGAUCAAAUAUGUUUCCCCGCCAUUGAUGAGCCAAUUGCAAGGGUUGAUGCAAAACAAUACACUGGCGGUUGUGAUGAAUCGACGAAAGACCCAAAAUCCCAGAAAACCAAAAACACAGAACUUCACAGCUGCUUACCGGAAGAACCAAGUUUUAAAAACGCAUCCACGUGUCAACCAAACGAUUGUCGUCAGAAACAUGACUACACUUCUCCUCGUCAUUAUAUCUCCGGUAUUCCAGAAAACAUUUCUCCGAAGUCCGCGUCUUCUGGUCAAGACCAAUUCAUGGCUUUUCCUAUCUGUGCACAAAUACCAGAAAGUACAAGUUUGGCAUGCAGAAGGCCAGUUUCAAGUGAACCCAUGGACUUACAUAGGUACCCAGUACCGGCAAUACCGCGUGUUAUACACAACGGUGAAUCAUUGGAUCCACACAGGACGGACGCAUUAUCACAACCCUAUCCAUUAAUGAUCCAAAAUAAUCUGCAACAAGAACUUGGACUGCCGAACUAUGAAAGUAGGAGAUGGUCGAUUUUAGGAAUUCGUGAUAAAAGCAGCAACUCCGAUGUAAACUAUCCGAAUAAAAAACAAAGACUUUUCCCUGACCACCCUUCACCGCCCACAACACAAACUUUACCAACAGCUGCAUCCGUUUAUAAACCAUUUCCUCCAGUUGACAAGCCCAGAAUUAUGAACUGGAAUUAUGAAAUGGGAUCAAAACGACUUUGUUAUCCCGAAGACUUCAGGGAAGAGUCAAAAUUCCAACGUACGUUUCAUAGCAAUUACUUUCCAAACCAGCAAUUAGUAAUGCCUAUCUGUGGAUAUCCCUAUGUUGCUUUUGAUGACCCAACUGCAACUACAAUGGACUAUUUCAACUACAAUGGACAAUAUCGAGAUCUACCUGUGGAUUUUCCCCAGAGAAAACCAGACAUGAGAACAAAAUCCAAAAAACCUGAUUAUCAAGACACAGUUAAGAGUAUAGAACUGAUUAACGGUGGAUUUGGUAUUAAGAAUCCGAUACUUUCCCCUGUUUUACUGGAAAAAGACGUCCCGCUUUCUAACCCCUCAAAAAUAGUUGAACACUGUGUGUGUAAGGUAUGCGGCAAAACCUUCCCUCAGCAUCGAUUGCUGGCUCGUCAUAUUAAAAGCCACAACGAGAUCAAGAGAUUUUUGUGUACGAUAUGUGCCAAGGGUUUUAAUGAUAAAUUUGACCUGAAACGACACACAAGAACACACACAGGUGUCCGACCGUAUAAAUGCUCUCUGUGUGACAAGGCAUUUACCCAGAGAUGUUCUCUAGAGUCACAUUGUAAGAAAGUUCACGCGAGUCGUUUAGAAUUUGGUUAUAAACAGAGAAGAGAGAAACUACACGUGUGUGAAGAUUGUGGUCAUACCACUGAAGAUCCAGCCAGUCAUUAUCUUCAUCUCAAACAUAAUCACCCUAACAGUGCUGUAUUGAAGAAAUUCUACGAUAAAAGACAGUUUAAAUUUGAUAAAAGCGAUGAUAAGUAUAUGAACUUUAUAAGACCAGAAGAGAUUCGUUGUAAUGAUUUCUGUUUCAGUGAUUCGUAACGUCAACCAGGAAACCAUUCGGUUCCAACAUACCUUGAUUGUUGCGUGGAUAUCCGGAUUGAUGCGUGGAUACCACGAAUCCACGAUUAUUGUGUGAAUACACUGAUUGGUAAAUGGAUACCAUAAUUGUUGCAUGGAUACCCAAAUUGUUGCUAGGAUACCCUGAUUAUUGCGUGGAGUGGAUACCACGAAUCCACGAUUAUUACGUGAAUACCACAAUUGUUGCUUGGAUACCAUAAUUGUUGCUUAGGUACCCAGAUUGUUACGUGGAUACCCUGGUAGUUGCGUGGAGCCUGCGAUUGUUGCGUGGAUAUCCUGUUUGUUGCGUGGAUAUCCUGCUUGUUGCGUUGGUUUCCUGCUUUUUGCGUUGAUUUAAUACUUUCUGAAACACACCCGCCUUGUAUGAUACAUAUAAUACAGAGGCCCUACCCUACUAAUACCAAGUCUUUCAUAUACAAAUAAAUAUUGUUAUUUUCAAAACA